AUGCGUGCAACAAGCAGACUGUUGCAACUGCCCUGCAGGAUUACCCUCUUCACUAGGGAACACUGUGGCCUGUGUGUCUCAGCACGCUCUGUACUAUCAGACGUCUGGGACUCCAGGCCUUUUGUCUACAAGGAGGUUGACAUUGUCAAGCCAGCAGCUCAACAAUGGAAAGACCUGUAUGAUUUCGAUGUUCCCGUGAUUCAUGUCAGCAAAGCUGACUCCCCGGAAGAGGACCCCAAGCUUGCUCCUAAGGCCUCGAAGCUCAUGCAUCGGUUCACACCAGAGCAGGUGAAGGCCAUGAUGGACAAGGCUGAGGAGGGCUGGACGAAGUCAUGA